AUGGGUUAUCGGGCAUUUCUCAUAAACGAGUAUUUGACUACAAAGAUUCACAAUACCUGUGCUGCAACCAUUCAUGAAAGACACAAUGCCAAUUUUGUGGAGAAAGUCCCUCACAAAAAAGAUUUGCAAGAUCCAAAGAUCAAAUUGGAACUAUCAACCGAUAACGUUCACCAACAAGUUGCCCCUUUUUCAAAUAUUGAUGACAACAAAGUCAUUUCACUCAAGUCAACUCUGCCCAAUUGUAAUGAGUGUGGUAAGCACCCUUACCCAUGUCAAUGCUUUCCAGAGGAUGUAUUGGCAAAGGAUUAUAAAGAUACUUUGGAAACAUUUGAUAAACUGAAAACAAAUUCACCCUCAAAGGCCAACCCAAUUAAGAAGCCAAUUGUAUCAUCAACAACAACAACAACAACAACAUCAUCAUCAUCAUCAACAUCAUCAACAACAACAACAUCAUCAUCAUCAUCAACAUCAACAACAACAUCAUCAACAACUCCAACUGAUUGUGCGACUCUGUUUCGUCCAGUGAUUAUGAAUUUGGCAAGUCUCUUGGCAACAAAAAGACAAUGGAGCUUCUUGGCAAACAAAAUUUCCCAUGUGAUAUCAAAUGGGAAUGGAUGUAUUGCCCAGUAUGCGAAUCAUGGUUUAACAGAGACACCAGCGCAGCAAAGAACAUUCUGCUGCUUGGAAUUUGCAAAUUCAUCAAGGGAUAUCGACCCUGGAUUUAUGGACCUUUACCUCUUCAAGGUAAAGGUGUUUCACAUCACUCUGAUACCCCCCCAAAAAAAGAUGAGCGUUAGUUACAUGGCUGAUAGAAUGUCAGAUAAUAAUAAUGAUCAUGAUGGUCUUGAAAAGACAUCAACAACUAAAGUUUUAGAGAGUUCUACUACGUCUACAGCAACGAGUUCAACAAAUAUAAGAGAUUUAUCAUUGUAUCAAUUAUUUACAUUUGGUCAAAAGACAUGGAAUGAAUUACAGAAUAGUGUAGUGUCUAGUUCAGAUGAAGAUUAUCAACAACAAGUUAAAAGAGCCAUUCAAUACUUUAUGAUGGCUUCAUUUCAAUUUGAUAAACAAGCAAUGAUUUCAAAGAAUGAAGAAUUGGAUGAUAUUAGAACUGAUAUAUUAAAAUAUUUACUUAUUCCCUAUUAUUUAGGUGAUUUAUAUGUUGCAUUGGUUGAUAAAGAAAAUAGAUUAAGAAAUUUAAAGAAUGCAAAAAAUAAAAUAAUAUCAUUUAUAAAUAGAUGUGAAAUGAUUGGAUUGGUACAUAAAGAUGAUAUGGAGAUUAUAUCAAGAGAUGGUAAACCAAAUCCAGCAAACCGAAGAAACGAAUUGAUUAGUAGAGGUAAACGUGACAAAGAGGUGAGAGAGCAACUGUCACAUGUAUUAAAAAAGAGAAUGGAAAUGAUAAAGAAACUUGGUGGAUCAAACGAAGAUGGAGCACUGCAAGAAGAGAAUGAUUGUGGUGACGAAGAGGUUGAAAGAUCAUUUUCACUCUUGUUACUACGUGAAGCUAUUUCAAAGUCGAUUUCAAUGUUUGAAAUGUUUGAUUUAGAGGUGACCAUGUUACAAGAGGUAGCAGCUUUGAAAGAGAAACAUGGCGGUGUACUUCCAGCUACCCCACCACCAAAGUCAUCGGGUAUUGGUAACUUCCAAAUACUACCAGAUGGCAGACGUGUCAUGUUGGACAAGGUCUUUAGACCCAGCCACAUCCUGCCCACAAUGACACCCGAAGAAGCCGUCGAAAUCGAAAUGCGUAAUGGUGGUAUGGUCAAGGGUAAAGGUGGCAAAGAAAGCGAGAAAAAGAGUGACGACGAAGAAGAAGUCGAUGGUAAAGAAGAAGACCAUGAAAAGCUCAAAAAGAAACGUGAUUGGGAUGAUUGGAAGGAUGAUAAUCCAAAGGGUGCUGGUAAUACUCUUGGCUAA